AUGGAAGAUUACGCACGUGAACCAUGCCCAUGGAGGAUCAUGGAAGACUGCGGGGGUGCGUUCUCCAUGGGAGCCAUUGGAGGAUCCCUCUUCCAUGGCAUCAAGGGAUAUAGGAAUGCACCUAGUGGCAACUAUCGCCGAUUAAUUAGCAGUUUUGUCACAUUAAAAGAAAGGGCGCCAGUUGUUGGAGGAAACUUUGCAGUAUGGGGAGGCUUGUUUUCGGCUAUAGAUUGCACAAUGGUGUACUUGAGAAAGAAAGAGGAUCCUUGGAAUUCUAUCACAAGUGGUGCUCUGACAGGGGCAAUUCUUUCAGUACGAAAUGGUACAGGAGCAAUUAUUGGCUCAGCCAUCAUUGGUGGUGUCUUGCUUGCAUUAAUUGAAGGUUUCGGUAUACUCUUUACAAGGUUUACAGCAGAGCAGUUUAAUCCAGCAAACCGGAUGAUGAUGGAGGAAGAUCCUGCUUUGGCAGGUCAACAGUACCCCACAGUUGGCUCUAUAGGAUCUCAAGAAGGCAGUUCUAUAUUUGGCUCUCAGCAUUCAUACCAGUAA